AUAUAACGUGGUACAACAAAAGAUGAAUGGUAAGGAUUUUGGUAGCACUCUUACACUAGAAAUGAGUUGGAGGAUUGUGCAUUGAGUGUCUACUUUAAAUUCAUGCAAAUAGCAGAUCAGACGAGUAGCUCAGAAGCGGACCUGUCAGUGAAUGCAGAGCCAGAUGUCAAGCCUAUGGCCAAAAUGGUCUCGGCUUGUGUUGGAAGCUUCAUUACGACGUUAGCCGUGACACCGUUUGAUGUAGUAAAGACUCGUCUGCAAAGUGAAUCGAUGUCCGCUUUCACUUCCACAGAAGGCAAUGCUAUUCAAUCGUCAGUAAAAACCACUGCCGUUCAGAAUCCCCUAAAAGCACGACAUUUAACAGGACCAGUAUCGGGAUUAUUUCAGAUAGCUCGCAAUGAAGGUAUUCGAAACCUUUGGAGAGGACUUGUUCCUUCGCUGACGAUGUUAAUUCCAGCCAACGUUGUUCAGUUUUUGAUGUAUGAGCGGCUAUUGCUGUUAUACACCGAUUGGAAUUUUCCAGCUUCUGCUGCUAUUGCUGGCGCUUCAGCGCGCACUGUGUCAGCUAGUAUUGUUUCCCCAAUUGAGCUUUUUCGGACACGGGUGCAAGCUGCUGGUGGUCAUUAUCCUCCAGGACAUACUGGCGAUAUUGCAAAGGAAGUCUUUCAAGGCCUGCAAAGAAUGAUUCAACAAAAAGGCUACUUAAGUCUCUGGAAUGGCGUCGGUGUCACUCUUUGGCGAGAUGUCCCCUUUAGUGCAUUCUACUGGUGGGCUUACGAACGUACACGUUGGUUCUUCCUUCAACAUCCAACCUUCAAACCGUCAACAGACGACAACUCCAAAAAGGAUCUGUACGUGAAUUUUAUGAGUGGAGGAAUUAGUGGUGUUAUGGCUACUUUACUUACUCAGCCAUUCGAUGUUUCAAAAACCGCUCGACAAGUCCAUGGUCAUACUGUCUCUCGAGGUCAAAUUUUAGUUACAUUAUAUUCGAAGGGUGGAGCUCGAGCAUUAUGGAAAGGAACACUGCCUCGCUGUGUAAAAGUCGCGCCUUCGUGUGCUAUCAUGAUCAGUACGUAUCAUGCUACCAAGAAGUAUUUCUCCGAAUCUGCUUAAAGUUCAAAUUCUUCCUUAAGAUUGUUUGUGUCAUAUUUUCGCCUACCACUUUUGUAUUCCCUUCUCUUACGUGCCUUUAAUAACUUCACUUUUGCUCUUAUAUUUAUUCUGCUAAUUCCAUUAUAAUGAGAAUUUUACGAUAUCGGACAGGCCCUCUAUUAAUAUCCCUAUGGGAUUCAAUUUCAAAGCUUGUAUGUUUACCAGCUGAUUUCUAUUAUUAUUUCUUCAAGAGUCUUACAAAGCGCUUCGUUACUAACCUGAAUCUUCCCAGUAUCAGGUUCAAGGCUUUCCGCCUUCGUUUUUAUUAUGGUUUUGAUGUAAUAAUAUAAAGAAAAAAAAAGAAAACUAGGUUGGGACAUAAUUCGAUUUAGCCUAAAGCUAUCAUCGUUUCACGGGAUCUUCCUACGGAUAAAAACUAGUUUUUGGAUUAUAUAUUUUACGAACGGAAAAUAAAUGAAAUUAAUGGUGUACAAUACAGUAUAUGUCUAGCAAAAGCAAAUAACAUCUGCCUUCUGUUCCAUUCACCUACCUGCUCUAAUAAUCCCAUCGUUUACCAAUUUGCGUAACGUGUUACCUUGCGUUAAUCGACGUUAUUCCAAUCUGUUCCGAUACCCUAUUUGGGUUUACGCAUGCGUUCGUAGUCGCUUGAAAAAAUUUGGAUUUUGACUC